AAAAGCGACGCAAGCAGCCGCGACGCCAUUUGCUGCGGCCGAGCGUGGGCGCAGGCGGGUCUCGGAAGAACUCGGUCGCGAGACUCUCCCGCGCACGCGACCCGGUCUCCCGCGCCUGCCUGCUGCUGCGCUGUCCCACCCGUCGCCCCCCGGAGGAGUCGCCAACACCUCCCCGAUAGGAGUCAGCGAGGUCGCGAGGCCGCAGUCACCGCCAUGCCCAAGAAUAAAGGUAAAGGAGGUAAAAAUCGACGCAGAGGUAAGAAUGAGAAUGAAUCUGAAAAGAGAGAGCUGGUGUUCAAAGAAGAUGGGCAAGAGUAUGCUCAAGUAAUCAAAAUGCUGGGAAAUGGACGAUUAGAAGCUAUGUGUUUUGAUGGUGUAAAGAGGUUAUGUCACAUCAGAGGGAAAUUGAGAAAAAAGGUUUGGAUAAAUACCUCAGACAUUAUAUUGGUUGGUCUACGAGAUUACCAGGAUAAUAAAGCUGAUGUAAUUUUAAAAUACAAUGCAGAUGAGGCUAGAAGUCUGAAGGCAUAUGGCGAACUUCCAGAACAUGCUAAAAUCAAUGAGACUGAUACAUUUGGUCCUGGAGAUGAUGAUGAAAUCCAGUUUGAUGACAUUGCAGAUGAUGAUGAAGAUAUUGAUGAUAUCUAAAUCAAACUCAGCCUUUUACAUUCCACUUUCUCUGAAGAUUGUUCAACAAUUUGGAUUUUGGCUGUGACCUGUUAAAGAAGAUUAAAAUCUCAUUAGCAUGAGUGCAAUUUGUUAAAGCAGACUGAUUUGUUUCUAAGGUAUUUCUUUAAAACUGGUAAUACUGAACUCUCUUAGGUAAAACGUUAAGCCCACUUUGUUCUUUUGACGUAAUGGAGCUUAUAGGUAAAAGACCACAUCUACUGUAUUAAAAAGAAAAAAUGCAUUACUGCCUUUCCCACUUUGACCACUUCCACUAAGUUAAUGGAUGUUUUGAAUAAGCCAUUUGCCGUACAUUCACAUUAUGGAUUAUAAGUAAGCCCUAGAUUUGACUAGCCUGUUGACUGUACAGUAAAUUUCUGUAUAUUCCAGUUACCUAGAUGGUCCCUUUAGAUUUGGGUACAUUUCAAGGGAGGCAGAAAUCUGUAUUUGAAGUCAAAAAUGAUUGGCCUCUUUUUCAUACUUAAGUAGCAUGUGGCUAUUUUUAUACUAAUUUUGAUAAUGUAUAUUCUUUUCAUGAUCGUAUUUUGUCACUGUAAACAUAUCAACAAAAAGGCAUUUCCAAAAUGCAGUUUUUAGAACCUGGGUUUUAAAACCAAUUUUGAAUUUGUUAAGGUUAGUAGUUGCAGAAAUCAAACACUAGGUGGCGCCCAGUUAGUCUUAACAUUGGGAAGUACUGAUAGAGUUGUCCCUUUUUUUUUAACUUUUACUGUGCACAGGAGGAAAUUUCCCAAACAACAAAAGAUUGUGUUGAUCAUAUGCAUGUAUGUAGAAUAUUUUUACAAAACAAAAGGAUUGUUAAAAGUGACGUUUUAUUUUUAGAAGUCAUCUAUCUACAUGUAAGCUACAGUUCCAGUGCUUUAUAAACACUUAAAUUAUGUGUAAAUGAAAAUUUAAUUUCAUAAUGGCUUGUACAAAUUAAGCCUUUUUCAAAGUAUCCCGAAGCUGGGGAAAGAGGAGGGAAUGACAACUUACUGAAAAGAUGGUCUCCAAUUUCUGAAUGGAAGAACUACAUAUGCAGAGAAAUAUAAUAAAGAUGAUGUCAUGCUGCAGAGUAUAUUAUACCUUGCUUUGUGUUUAGGAUGUAUCUUGUUGUGUGUACAGGUUUGUUGGCUUGUAUUUUGCUGGGAGUUUUGACUUAGCUUUAUUAUGCAGUUUUUCAUUAUCAACUCUACUAAGAUGAAAUUAGGGGCGGGGCUGGUUAGACCUCUCCAGCCGCAUUGAAAUGGUGUGCAGCUGUAAAAAGAGAUCCUUCAUUUAGUUUGUGAAGCUUUUAUUCUGUUGGUCUCCAGAGAGCUCUUCAGUGGUGAAAAGUAAGACACAGGGGAGUAAACCUUCACAUGGCUUUAGAAAAUAAGCACAUCUUUAAUCCCAUGCUCAGUAUAAAUUCCUAAGUGUGCAAACUCAGGAGUAAAGAUCUGAGGUACUAUGAAACAUUAUUAAAUCAAAGAAUAGAAAUUAAGAGUGGACAAUUGCAGUUUAUGUUUCUUACUAUUCUAUGGAGUUCCUGAACACUUUACCUAGAUGGAAUGAGUCUGAGACCAUGAUCUGGUUUUUAAUACUUCUAAGGAACCAGCCGUGAAGAAUUGACUUAGUGAUUGUUUUCAUUAGUCAUCUAAACUUGCUAAUAUAUUUAGGCUUCUGUACAUAAAAGUGUUUUGCUAAAUGUGUGCAGGAUGUGUAGAUUUUCCCUCCACAUUGUUUUACCCGAGAAUGUUUUGACUCUGUAUCUGUGCUACAAUUCAUGGUAGAGAUGGUGCAUGCAACUCAAACAUUAGUUUCUCUACUUACCUCCUCUAACAAAUAUGGUUUGUCUAAAGAUUCUUUAACAAAUUACAACUAUGACCCCAAUUCAUGUGUUUGCAAGUGAUGUAUUUUUUUCCUUGUCUAGCUAGUAACAGCCCUAGUGCUGUUGUACCCUAGAGACUCUCAAAUCAUAAUGAUUAAAAUAAUUGGGGUAAACUUGUAGUUCUUAUGCAACACUACUUAGAGGAGUUAUUUUACUAACUUUAAUGUAGAAAUUAGUUUCAUUGAUUUGAUUAUAUUUCACAUGAGGAAUGGAAGUGGUCCUUAAGGGAAAAAAAAAUUGUGUUAUCCUGUUUGAUUCCUAUAAUACAAUGGUAUAAGGUGUGCCCUGAAAGAAAAUAAAAUGUUUGAAAUCUAAGAAUAAUGAUUCUUACUGCUAAGAGAGUAUAGUAAUUAUUCCAAAUGUGUUUGAUAGGACUGCAUUUUUUAUGCAGUGUUUAUUCCACUUCCAAUAGAGUGUAAAUAUGUUGUAUUACUAAGGUGGCUAAAUAACCAAACCAGGUGUUUGUUUAAAAAAAAAAAAAAAUUACCAAGAGUUAAUUGUUUGACUGUCACAUCUUUCUUGAACAUCCAGCCUCUUAAAGAGACCACCUCUUAAGGAGUGUGUAAACUAUGCAUGAUGAAAAUUCUUGUAUUUUAUUAAGGAGUGGGUCGGUUUACUCACCACAUCUGUGGAAUCAUUGUUACAAAUAUAGUUGCUUAGAAAACUCCUUGUGACUUGUAGUUUAACUUCAUCUCAUCUAGUGUAAAUAUUAUAAGAUGUAUAACAUCUUCAGUAGAUACAAACUGCUGUCAGUAUUGACUUCAGAGCAAGUGAGUAAUCAAGUAGGUAAGAGCCUGUUCCAAAUAAAAUACCUAGUUGGAUUUAUACUUUAUUGUGUACAGAUUUAACAACAUCCAAUAUUAUUAACUGUGGCUUGACAGUGCAACUCAGAAUGAAAGUAAGUUCUUUGUGUUACCUGACUGUCCAAGAUUUAAAAGAUGUGUAUUGGUAUGAGGUGUUUCAAUCUCUGUCCUGCUUAUAGUAAGGGGAAGUUUCAUUGAUACCGCUUGGACUCCCAUGAGCUUUUACAUACCAUUUGUGUUGUGUUUUUUAUUUACUGUAAACUACCAUCCUUUUUAUCUUUAUUUUAUCCUUCCUCUUCAGAAAAGAACAAAAUCUGAAUUAAGUCUCAAUAUAAGUGUGAUAAGACACUACCCUUUGCGGUAUGGAGUGAACCAGGGAAUUUGGAGAGUGUAUCGGACCGUCCUCUCUUACCCCCAGCUCCCUAAUAUGUGUGAGGCAGUGUGGUGGAGAGUGAAGAGCAUGGGCCCUGGGGUCAGCCAGCCAGUGCCCCAACCCCUACUCUGCCCUUUACGUGCAAAUGACCAUGGGCACCUUCUCCAGCUUGUCUGAGCUUCAGGCUCCUCACUUGUGAGGUGGAAAUAAUGAAAACAGUACCUGCAGAAUCAGAAUUAUUUGGAGGAUUGAUAAUGUGUGUUCAUAUGUGUAAUGCACUUAGAGCGGUGUCCACUGCCGUUCACUUAAUAUCUAGGACUUGUGUAAGAUAGAAUAUGCACGUCUUUGAUACUCUCUCUCUUUUCUUUGCAGUCGUUGGUUCCUAUAAUAAAAGAAAUGCGUAGGAUAUAUAUUUGUAUAUUCAUGUUGACACGAUAUUUAAAAUAAUUGCUACCACUCAUUUAAUUCAGUAUAAGACUAACAGAUGGAAGUCUCUAAAUUGCUUAAAGGUAUUUUGCAAAAUACUAACUUGCUCUGUAUUUCUUUAGAGAAAGUUUAUAAUUAGUAAUAUUGAUAGUUCUGAUCAUAUUUCAUUCUCAAGUUGUUAAUGAGUCUUUUUUACUAUAGAUUCAUGCCAGCUAACUAUUGGAGGUUUCCUUUCACAUCAUUUGAAAUUAUGUAAAGGAAUCAGAUACAAACUAUUGCGGUUAGAAAUAAAAUAUGAAAUAACUUUCAA